GCAGUUUGAAUCAGAAAGCUCCCCGAAGCGGUUGGGCAGCGGAAGUCCGUCGUCGCGAGGCGCCGAGAAACAGCGAGAAUUCAAAGACCUGAGUGAGAGGCAGUCCCCAGAGAGCAGUCCCCAGUGAGGAGUGCCAGCCAUGUUGCCGCUGCAGGAGCCGCAGUCCUCGAACUGGCAGCUGGAGGACUACGCGUUCUUCCGGAAGUGCGGGGAAAUCACCGCCUCGCCGGACGUGCAGAGCUUCGGCUUCAACUGCGCCUUCUGCCCGGCGAUCUGCCUGCAGUUCUCCGUGUUCAUGGACCACAUCCGGGUGCAGCACACCCAGGACAUGCGGCGGCGCUACGAGUCCGGGGAGGGCCGGAGCCAGCAGCAGACGCAGACCGACCUGAUGAUAAUGGAGCUCGACUGCCCGGAGAUGUACCCGCCGGAGGGCCUGGGGAAGGCCAGCUGGGAGGCGGACAUGGACAUCCAGCUGAUGAGCCUCGCUCCGCCGGCUCCCGCCCUGCAUGUCGCCCCACCGCCUCCACCACCUGAGACACCCGAAAUAGACCUGGUCUAUGUGGUGGCAAGUCCGUUGCCACCCUCGCCGCCGCCCUCCGCGGACGUUUCGGGCGACGAGUUGCCGGGGAACUGCCUGCAGUCCUUCGACUUGGAUCCCUUCGCCAUACUGCACGAGGUGGUGGCCGCUCCGCCCACUCCCGUUGCUCCUCCGCCGGCUCCGACUCCGGCUCCACUGCCGCGCUACGAGACACGACGCGUGGCACUGCAGCGCAAGCUCCGCCAGGCGCAAAACCAGAAUGCUAAGGUGGAGGUGGCUACGGCAGAGGUGGAAAGGGAGGUGGAGGUGGAGGGGCAGGAAAAAAGAGGGCAGACGGAAAAGAACGUGCUGGAACUGACGCCGCCAGCCACGCCCCCAACCCCUCUGCCGGCCACCUCGCCUUCGAGCAGCACUACGAGCUGCGUGGAUUUCGAAACGAAAUCUCGUCGGGAGCUGGAGCGCAACCGCGAGUUUGUGGGGUCCCUUUUGGCGGAGUACGAGCGCGUGGAGAAGUUGUGGAACCCGCGCCACCCGGACUAUAAGUACAAUGCCAAGCGGAGUGUCUAUGAGGAACUGGCUGGUCCGCUGGAGGCCGUCUGCCGCAAGCGGCUGACGGGAGCCGAGAUCUUUGCUGUGGUGAAGGAGCUAAGGGGCAGGUACCGCCGCGAGCUGAACAAGCUGAACGCCCUCGGCGGGAAGUACAAGUCGCGGUUGUGGUACUUUGACAAGAUGCACUUCCUCAGAAGCGUCAUAGAGAACAGACGAGCCGAGCGGGAAGCCAAGCUGUCCAAUGAGACCACCGAGAGUGAGAAGUCCUGCGAAACGGACGUGGAGUCCUCGAGCAAGUCCACAUUGUACCACGAGGUGCUCAGCUUCAUCCUGAAUUGCUUCAAGCGACUGGAGUGCUUGUGGAAUCCGAUGCACCUCGACUACUCCCGCUGCUGCAAGAAGGAGCUGUUCCGGGACAUCUCAGCUCAGCUGCAGGAGGAACUGAACUACGAGCUGAGCGGCGAGGAGUGCUUCAACGAGAUCCAGAAGCUGAGGACUCGCUACCGCAAGGAGCUGCGCAUGGUGAUCAAGCACAAAGGCCUGUACCUGCCCAAGUUGUGGUGCUACGAUGAAAUGGAGUUUCUGCAGCCCAUUCUGCAGGAACAAAUCUUCAACAAGAUCAGCAAGAAAGUGGGAGUGGUGGGUACAACUCAGAAGACCAAGUUCAUAGAUGCCAGCUCCAUCCAGUUUGACAAUUCCGAUGAUCAAUUGCAGUUCGUAGAGAUCUACCGCAACUACUCGGCUCUGUGGGAUGUGGACCACCCCGACUUUCGGUCGAAUACGUAUCGUGGUCAGGCCUUGGGUCAAAUGUUGGAAGAGACAAACACCACCUUUCACACAUCCUUCACCGCAGAGCAGUUGGAGAAGACCUUGUUCGAACUGCGUAAAGACUUCUCGGCCCAGAAGCGAAAGAUACUCACUGAGUCUGGGGACUCCACCAGCAGUGUUUCCCUGAUGCACGCCAAGCUGUCCGAGUUCCUAGACCAAAACCUCGGACCUUUCCGAUGCGAUGUUUGCUCGGAGCUCGUCAAGACCUGCGAUCAGUACAAGGUGCACCGGUCCGCACACGAUGGCACCCAGCCCUUCAUCUGCACGCUGUGCGGGAAGGGCUUCCAGAUGCCCUGCAACCUUACGGUGCAUAUCAGACGGCAUCGAAGGGAUUUCCCGUAUGCUUGCGAGCAGUGCGACAAGCGCUUUGCCACAUCCACAGAGGUGGCCAUCCACCUGCGCACUCACACUGGCGAGCGGCCGUACAUCUGCGAUCUGUGCGGCAAAUCCUUCAAGACGUGGUCCUUCUUCGACAUCCAUCGGCGCAGGCAUCUCAACCAGUCGACAUUCCACUGCACGAUCUGUGCGAAGGGCUUUUACGAGAAGAACCGCUUCACCGACCACAUGAACUCCCACUGGGCGAUCCGCAAGCACCUGUGCACGGUGUGCGGCAAGACCUUCACCACCUACGGCAACCUCAAGAAGCACACGGAGCUGCAUCUGGCGGUGAAGAAGUACAAGUGCAGCACGUGCCACAAGCGAUUUGCACAAUUCGCCAGUCUGCGAUGGCACAAAAAGAGGACGCACAGCUCCGAGGGGCAAAGCGGCGACAAGUAGUACCCCAACCACUCAAGGCUCUCCUCUGCACUCCACAAUAUUUACAAGGCAAUCAUAAGGAGUUAGAUGUGUGCCCGUGUACUUAAAAAUACAGCCGUCUGAAGGUAGUGCCUACCUAUCAUAUCGUUAAUCUACCACUAAGUAAUUUAUUUAUUUUCUAUUUAAGAGUGUCUGAUAAUUGGCUACAGGUGUUGCUUCUCAUGUUCUGUAAGCGAGUUCUGUUAUCGUCGUAAUCAGACGGUUAGCCGGCCAUUUGUAGAAUGCAUGUAACUGGUUUAUGAGCCGGAUCCCAAAGUCAUUGAAAGUGAAACCAAAAAUAUACAAAUGUAUUUAGAGAA